AUGGAGGGCUGGCUGGGCAGGUGGAGGCUCCCGGCGCUGAGCGCCCGGCAGCGCGGCUGCUGGCCCCGGCACGGCUGCCGGCCCCGGCACGGCGCCGCGGGCAGGGCCAGGCGGCUGCUGCUCUCGCAGCUUUUCCAGCCCCUCAACCUGCAGGCGGGCGGCGAGGCGGGGUGGGACGGCAGGGCCGGGGAGCCCGCCUGCCGGAGCCAGAGGCUGAUGCUGCAGGCGGGGCUCAUCCACCCCUCCAGCCCCGGCUGCUACUACUACCUGCCGCCCGCCGUCCGCGCCAUGGAGAAGCUCGUCCGGGCGAUGGACGAGGAGAUGCAGGCCCUGGGGGGGCAGAAGCUGAACAUGCCCAGCCUGAGCUCGGCCGAGCUGUGGCGGGCCAGCGGCCGCUGGGACCGGAUGGGGCCGGAGCUCUUCCGGCUGGCGGACCGGCACGGCAAGGGCUACUGCCUGGGCCCCACGCACGAGGAGGCCGUGACGGAGCUGGUGGCCGCUCAGAGCAACCUGUCCUACAAGCAGCUCCCGCUGCGCCUCUACCAGAUAACCAGGAAGUUUCGGGACGAGCCCAAGCCCCGCUUCGGCUUGCUGCGCAGCCGGGAGUUUUACAUGAAGGACAUGUACACCUUCGACACCUCCGAAGAGGCGGCUCGGCAGACGUACGACCUGGUGUGCGACGCCUACCGCAGCCUCUUCGACCGCCUGGGCCUUCCCUUCGUCAGAGUGCGGGCGGCCACAGGGAGCAUCGGCGGCACCAUGUCCCACGAGUUCCAGCUCCCGGCGGACAUCGGCGAGGACAGGCUGGUGCUGUGCCCUGCCGGACAUUUUGCGGCCAACGUGGAAACGCUAAAUGGGGAGCAAACGUCUUGCCCCACAUGCGGAGAAAAACUCACCCAGACCAAAGGGAUCGAAGUGGGGCACACGUUUUACCUGGGCACCAAGUACUCCUCCGUCUCCAACGCUGUUUUCUACUCCCCCGAGAACAAACCCCAGCUGGCAGAAAUGGGUUGCUACGGCCUGGGUGUUACUCGCAUCCUGGCGGCCUCCAUCGAGGUGCUCUCUACAGAGGACAGCAUCCGUUGGCCAAGCCUCAUCGCACCCUACCAGCUCUGCUUCAUUCCUCCCAAGAGAGGCAGCAAGGAGGAGGAGGAGGAGGGAGCUGCACUGCUGGAGCGGGUGUACGAUGACCUUGCCGAAGCGCUGCCCCACCUCGCCAGCGACUCGGUGCUGGAUGACAGGACACAGCUGACCAUCGGCAAAAGGCUAAAGGAUGCCAACAAGCUGGGUUAUCCCUACGUGGUCAUAGCCGGGAAGAGGGUUUGCGAGGACCCCCCAGUCUUUGAGGUCUGGAGUCAGAACGCUGGCGAGGUUUUGUUCCUCACCAAGGAAGGUGUCAUUGAGUUGCUGAGUAAAGUGCAGGUCCCUUAA